AUGGGCACGGCCUCGAAACAAGAAGCGCAUGAAGAGGCCGAGAGUCGACGAAAGCAGUUGGUGACAAGGAUAUGCGUAUCGUCCUUCUUCAGUGUGUCUCAGCAUUUCAUCUUUGCGCAGUCUGAGCCGCGGCUUUUCCUCAGUCUGUGCAACCAGGAUGCAGCUGCAGCGACACGACUUCUUGGCAACACCUCUGGCAUUGUGGGUUUGCUGAGCCUGAUUGUCAACCAAGCUGGUGGCAAGCUUUCGGAUCGCAUAGGGCGCAAACCUGGGUUUCUGAUUGGACCGCUCAGCAACAUCUUUCUGGGCUGGUGUGUUUUCAAGAAUGCGAAGAAGCGAUGGUUGGUUGCUGUUUGUCGAAUCCUUCGAUUGAUCUUGACAACAUUUUCGAACACGGUGAUGUGCAAUGCAGCCCUAGCAGAUGUAUGCUCCAGCAAUGAGCUGGCUCUUGCGUUGUCUCGGGUGCAAACAGCCACAGGGCUGGCAAUGCUCUUGACGCCAUUUAUUGAAGGGCGGAUCUUAUUGUUCUCACCAGGUUCUCCCUCUGCCAUCAGAUACGUCUAUGCCGCGAUGGCUACCAUUGCCACAAUCCACGCAGCGUUCGUGGCAACUCAGCUGGAGGAAACCCUCGAUCCGACAAAGAGGACAACAGCAAAACUCACGUGGUCCGUGAUUAACCCCUUCGGGUUUGUUCGACUUUUUGCUGAAGGAACGAAGGCCCUGCAGAAGUUGGUGGCCAUCACAACCCUGCAAAUGUUCCUUGAGGGCAAGAAUCUCAGCGAUGUCAUCCAGACUUGGAUUCGGGACCAUCUCAAAUGGUCCGUAAUGCAGGUGCGAAACUUCAUCGUUGGGUACGGUUUACUGUGCACGGCCACUGGUGCAUCAGCCACACCCUGGAUGCUGAAAAAUCUAAGCGCCAGAGGAUUCACGACAGCGACGAACAUGCUGAACGCGGCUGCGUUUGGCUUGCGUGGACUGGCUCCAAGCUCAUUGCUGUUUCUGACCAUGAUGGUACCAAUGCUGCCUGGUGUUAAUGGUGCAAGUGCCACUGCCCUGAAAGCAGUGGCGCAGGAUAUCGCGACCAGCCAGGGCUUCGGCAAAGGCGAGUUCUCCGCUUGGGUGAACAAUUUGCGCGCACUUGCAGGAUCCGUCGCGCCUGUGCUAUAUGGACAGGUCUACGCGGCAGCCGAGAAACGAGGCGGAAACCCCGGACUGACCUUCGCGCUUGCUGGGGCCGUCGGUGCGUUGUUGCCACAGGCAGUCCUGAACCAGAUGACGGAUGUAGAAAUGACGGCUCCAAGGUAG